AUGCCCGACCACGACUUCGCUGCCCUGACGGCCAACACGCAGGAGGACUGGACGCUGUUCGCCGUCCGCUUCCACGACCGCCCCGGCGCCGGCGAAUUGCGCCGCCAGCUGCUGCAAGCGCAUCUCGAGUGGGUGGCCGCGCACCAGGCCGAGGUGCGCGUGGCCGGCUCGCUGCGCGACAGCCCCGACGGCACGCCGGUCGGCGGCCUGUGGGUGGUGCGCGCUCGCGACAAGGCCACCGUCGAGGCCCUCAUCGCGACCGACCCCUUCACCACCGGCGGCCUGCGCGCGGGUUGGGACAUCCACUACUGGAGCAAGGCCCUGCCGCAGCCGGUGUCCUUCUAG